AGCCGCUGUAGCCCCAUUGCCAAUUGAAGCCGUGCCCGCCUCGAAGGGGUCGCGAUGGCUUCCGAGGUUUCCUCCGCGGUGGAGGAGUUCCUCUUCGCCGCUGAGGGUCUCGACGAGAAGGCGUCCCAGGCGCUCCGGGAUGCCGACCCCGAGGUCCAGAAGGCCGUCCUGGCCCGCGGCGACCUGACCGGCACGCGGGACCCCUCUGCGGCGCUGAUUGCGCGGAUCAGGAACAAGGGCAUGGGCGGCAAGGGCGGCGGGGCCGCCGCCGCGGUGGCCGCGGUGGACGUCGAGGCGUACCUCGCGGAGAACGACCCCCUGGACGAGCGCGCCCAGACGGCGCUCCGGACGGCGCCCGCCUGGGUGCAGGCGGGCGUGGUCGCCGGCGGCGAGGUGAAGGGGGCCAAGAACCCGUCGGCGGCCCUGAUCGCCCGCCUCAACACAAUCCAGACCGGGGGCGGCGGCGGGGGCCCGGACCCGUGGGGGGGGUGGGGCGGCAUGGGGGGCUGGGGCGGCAAGGGCUGGGGCGGCUGGGGCAAGGGCUGGGGCAAGGGCUGGGGCGGCAGCGCCGACCCGUGGAGCCUCGGCUUCCAGAUGGGCUUCGGCGGCAGUGGCGGCGGCUGGGGCGGCGGCUGGGGCGACAGGACCAGCUGGGAGAGCAAAGACGUCACCACCCGCUACUUGCUCAACGGCUUGCCCGAGGGGGCCACUGAGGACGAAAUCCGUACCUACUUUGGCGCCUUCUCAAAGAUCGAGGAGGUGACCCUGAAGAAGAUCGAGUCCAACGGGAAGAUCGUUGGGUCCGUGAAGUUUUCCGAGCCUACGAUAAAGCUCCGUGACCAGAUGCUGAAGGAGAAGCACGAGAUCCUGGGGACGGCGAUUGAGGUGAUAACGUACAAGAUGCAGAAACAGCAGAAGCCCGGCUACGCUGCCAAGAAGGAGGCUGAGACGGCCAAGUACCUUGCUGAGAAGGCAAACAAGGGCGCGGGCAAAGGCUCUGGCAUGGCGCCGUUUUGAUUCCUGACUAUACUUCUCUCAGAUGCCAUAUAUUCGCCUGAAAAAUGGCACUCCCCUAUAUCGACCUCCGCAGGGGCUCAGACAGUGGCGGUGGAGGAGACUUCAACGUAGCAGCAGCAGUGUAAUGCUUAACAUGUUGGUCUUGACCUCCGUUGCUGCAGAGAAUCCGCACUAUGGUAUCGAUGAUUAUGUAAC